AUGUUGGGAUGGUACAAAAGUCUUAUAUAUCUGGCGAUCCUGCGUUGCACAACAUGCCAGCAGGUUGUUCAGGAUCCGGUCACUGCAGGGCCUGCGCUGGAGCUAGUACAUCUGUACUACGAUGAAUGGCCGACCGGCAUUGCUGUUUCUGCCUCAGGACGCAUGUUCUCCAACUAUCCUCUUGGCCUUGAUCCAACAAACACCCAGUAUCAAGUCGCAGAGCUGGCUUCCAACAACACAGAGACGCCAUACCCAAGUGCUGAGAUCAAUUCUCCGCCUGGAGGUGCAAUAGACUAUUCGACCUACCCUGCCAGCUCCAAAGGAUUGCCGGAUUAUUUGAUUGGAGUUCAAAGUGUCGUGAUAGACCCCAAAGACCGGCUUUGGAUUCUCGAUACCGGCCGAGCAGCUCUUCCAAAUGGCACUCUUACGACUUCGAAGUUUGGCGGACCCAAGCUCAUCGGGAUAGACUUGACCAACAACACAAUCUUUCAAACUAUCCUCUUUCCCGCCACAGUCGCUUAUGCUGAUUCGUAUCCGAAUGAUGUCCGGUUUGACCUGCGCCCUUCCGUCUCGGCAUCCGGGCAGGGCAUUGCUUACAUCACGGAUUCGUCAAGUGAAGGGCGUAAUGGCAUUAUCGUUGUGGAUUUGGGGACGGGUGAGUCAUGGCGCCAUCUAGAGAACAUCCCCCAGGCGCGUCCGGAGCCGGGGUUCUUUGUCAGCGUAUGGGGGGAGCCUGUCUACAACGAUCCCGGAAAUGGCAUGCCGAUUUCGCGACUUUCGUUUGGAGCUGAUGGCAUUACGCUCUCGAACGAUGGCGAGACCUUAUACUUCAGCGUCGUCUCAGGGCGUCAUUUGUAUGCGGUGCCCACUUUACGACUUCGGGACCGCAGCGCUUCCUCAGAAUUGUUCGCUCAAGCCUCGGUUAUGGACUUGGGCCAUAAGGGCGUGAGCGAUGGGCUAGAAAGCGAUUCUAACGGGAUUGUCUAUGGGGGGAGCGUGGAAACCGAUUCAAUUGUUAUCUUCAACCCGCGAAACGGGACGGUGUCUACAUACGUGAGGGACCCCAGGAUUCAAUGGACAGACACCUUUUCGACCGCCGGCAAUUACUUGUACUUUACAGAGAACCAGUUAUGGAGAGCACCGGCGCAACAGGGCGGAGUGGACAGGCGGGUGAAGCCGUACGCUUUGUUCCGGGUGCCACUGUUGAACAAUGCAACCAAGAUAGAAUUGGUGUGA